GCAGCAUUACGUCCGCGUUACCCUCGCGACACGGAAGAGCGAGCGGAGCGGAGAGUGCGUCCUGACGCGCGCGCCAACCACUUAGGCGAGGAAGCGCGCAUCAGCCAAGAGACCCGAGCGAGACAAGCUCCGGUCCUCGACGUCGCUCCGACGUGGGCGCAGUCGGUCGCUCCUCGCCGUUACGAUCACUUCUGCGAGUACCGGAUAUUAAUUCGUGUGCGAGUCGCGCGAAUAAAUAACGUGUAUCGGAGCCGAGACCGGAAUCCGAUCAGCCCGGCUUUUCAACGAGCACCGCCGAAAACGUGUCAUCACGUGCGUACACGACGAAGUUGGUCUUAGGAGCAGUCUGUUCUUCCUCAUCGGUCAGAAUCCCGAAGAGCGAUCAUCUUCCGCACUACCUAGUCUGUCGCGAUCGACUCCGGGAUUUCCUAGGUCGUCGACCUUGUGGUCUUCCUGCCUCUCAUCGUCCUGCGCGAGUGUCGCGUAACGUUUCACCGAGCAAAGUGCAGUUCUGUGUCGUCUUUUGUAGCGUGAUCCUUUGUCAUCUUUAAUCCUCCUGGGAAUUUCUCAGCUGUGAGCCUUCCACUUGUGGUGUCUGAUCGUUUCGUCGGCGUCGACGAGUAGUUUCGUCUGUCCACGCGACCAGCUGCUACCGUCUUUCUCUGUCGCUCUCUUUCUCUCUCUCACUCUCUCUUACGUCGCGCCAGUCGCAGCAUGGGGGACCAGGAGCAACAGGAAACGAUGCCGAGCGUGGUUGAGUUGAACGUGGGCGGCGUCUUCUACACCACUGCUUUGACUACGCUGACCCGCGAGAGCGAUUCUCACUUGGCUGCGCUCUUCACUGGCAAAUCCGCUGUGGAAAAGGAUGCCAAGGGCAAAUAUUUUCUGGACCGCGACGGCGUGCUUUUCCGUUACGUAUUGGACUUCCUGCGUAAUCAGGCGCUCGUUUUACCCGAGGGCUUUCGCGAGCGUGAAAGGCUCAAACAGGAGGCGAACUUCUACGGCCUGCCCGGUUUAGAGAAGGCAAUUUUGGAGAAUUCCGGCGGACAAGCCGGCGGCGCGACUGGCAAACGCGCGCCAGGAUACAUCACCAUCGGCUAUCGGGGCAGCUUUGCCUUCGGUCGCGAGGGCCUAGCCGACGUCAAGUUCCGCAAGCUCUCGAGGAUCCUCGUAUGCGGCCGCGUGGCACUCUGCCGGGACGUCUUCGGCGAAACGCUGAACGAAAGUCGCGAUCCCGACCACGGCAUGUCCGAUCGCUACACAUCGCGCUUUUUCCUGAAGCACAGCGUCAUCGAACAGGCCUUCGAUAUGCUGCAGGAGCAGGGCUUCCGACUAGCGGGUAGCUGCGGCUCCGGCACCGCCGGGAGCAACUCCGAGCAGCUAAAGCCCGGAGUGGAUUCUGAGGAGAAUCGUUGGAAUCAUUAUAACGAGUUCGUCUUCGUGCGCGAUUAAAAAGUUUCGCGAGCGAGUGAGAUGUACUUUGGCUAAGCAUCGUUGACGGCUCGCAUUUUGCAAAAGUACGCGUUUGCAGUUGCCGCGUAAAAAAGGACUUCUUCGGUUAUUUGAAGCGAUUCAGGCGGAAAUGGAAACAUUCGCGAAAACACGUGUGCCAAACGUGCGAGCGGAUAACAAGAUAAAUACGGAACUCUCGUUUAUAGCUUACUCCAUGAUAUGCAUAAUGAGGUCGAUGUGCAAAAUCAAGUUCAACAGGAACUUCGUACGACAGCAUCGGACGAAACAUCGUUCCUAUAAGUAAUUUCGUCUCGUAAGAAAAUUUCCCGAAGUCACCGCUAUCAUCAAUCAACGUUGACGUAAAAGGAAUUUGGGACACUUCGACGUUCGAGAAUAUUAACAUCAUCAGCUUUCCGAAACAUUAUAUUCUGGAAUUUUUUUUUCACUUUAAUCGAUUCUUUUACCGGAAUGAGAAAAUGGAUAAGACACGACGAAGAUAGAUAUCCGAGAACUGUCGCCUUUCAGAACCCUCGUCUAAAACAUUGACAGCGCUGAAAUAACGAGGAAUUGGAUUUUUGUAUUAAGAAGAACCACGAACUCGUUGAGCGUGAUCACGUUGGAUCUACGAAUACCAUUUGCUUAAUUUAAGAUGUAACAUAGAGAAUUAUGAGCGGCAAGUCAAUGUCGAACUUAAAAUUAGUCAACGUCGAAGAUAAUAAUCCAGGGAACGUAUAUAACAGUCGUGUUGAAACCAAAGACGUUCCGUUAAAUUCGUGAUUGUAUGUUAUUUUAUGUGUAACUUUAUGUGUAGAUAUUCAACUGUAAAUGAGUUUGAUCCACAACUGUACAAAAAAGAAUCUAAAACUUUUCCGAAUGCGGCGCGUUAGGAUCUUCCGUAAUCGAAACGCGCCGACGGCAGUAAGAAAAUUGCCAUUUCCGACAAAAAUCUGAGGUGCCCCUAUCAGGGGCCGUUGCGAGGGAGAAACGUUUAUUAAAAAGCAGUCUCGCGUGAAUCCACGAGAUGAAAGACGCCAAUAUCGGGCGUUUUUCAUUGCCAGUGGACGCAAAGUAAGACGGUGAAUGAAACGUGCGCAAGAAAAGCGGAUCGGGGUGAAGGGAUGAUGUUGAAAUAUCUACGGGCGAAACGCGACUUGGCCACUUAAAGAGGUAACGAUGUCAGAUACGUCAGUGAUAAAUGUCGCUGGAUGCAACGGGCGAGAAAAUGUAAGGAAACAUCGUAAAUGCAAAAUGGACUUGACGUGGAAUACAAGUAUCGGCUGCUAUUUAAAAUCAGAUUGAACGAAUGACGCAAUAACGUUUGCGUGUGUGUUUUAUUCGCGUAUGACGCAAGAGGAAAUUAAAGGUGAUGAAAAAUUUCAAUUAUCGUCUGAUAACGAGACCAUUAUUUAAAGAAAGUCUCCGGUGCUAGUACGCCGAGUAGUUAGUACUGGUAAAUGGUCGGGCCGAGUAGUCACUGCUAGAUAACGGUCAGACCGAGUAGUUACUACUGAUCGCUAGUCGGACCAAGUAGUUAGCGGUACGCUAGAAUCGGAUCUUUUCUUUAAGUAGAAAAUACGCGGUGAAAGAACGGCGGCGAGAGUGAUGUAGAUAUCGAUAUACCUAUGCGUGAAUUAUCCUUUCUGUAUAAAUUCGGCUUAAAUUAGGUGACUAGCACCAUCCUCGAGAUGGGCGGAGCGGCUUGUCGAAUGCGUGUACUUACAACCCGACACGAUGUCAAACGCGCUAUUCGAAAGACGGAACGCCCGAAUAAACGUGAUCUCUUCUAAUGAUUUCUUGUCAGUGUUUUUUUUUUUUAAACGAGUCUGAGUCGAAUGCUUUUCUUUUUCGUUCUAAAUUCUUUUCUCUGGAAAGCGGAACGUAAAUAUGGCAAGCAAUUCAUAACUUUCGAUCUGUUGACUCGCGGAAAUAUCGGAACUCGGAACACGACGGAAAGCGAAAUAUUGUUAUAAAUUUACAGUUUCGAGUUUCUCGUCGUAAAUCAGUGUAUUUAUGAAAACAUCUAGAUAACCGAGAUAUCUUUUUCCUUCGUAAUACAAUAGUGUUUUACGGAAUAUACUUGAAAAAAGUUUUGAACAAUUUUUCAAAUGAAAACAGAGUUACAAAUUAUAAAGAG